AUGCCUAGGUACUCUCCAUGGGAAGAAAAAGGACGAAGCCUUCGGAAAUGGAUUGAAUGCUACCAUGAACCGGGGUGCCCAUAUCCUAGAUCCACAUUUUCAAUAACGUGUAACCCCCAACCUCCUGAGUACUCCGUGGCCCAUGAAGCUGUGUGGCUGGAUUCAACGUGGGACACGUGGAUCUACCCUCUUGAUCUACCGGAUGAGCUUAACAAGAUAGAAAUCGCGAAUCGACAAGGUCCACCAGUGGGCUGGGAGGGACGCACUGGACGAGGGGUAGUGUUCGUCGAUUGGAUCCGCCGUUCAAGACGAAGCACCGCUCCAUAUAUGUCUGAAUUCACUAAGGGUGCCUAUGAGAUGGAUUUUCCCCUUAACACCCUCAGAUACGUAUUUGUGACUGAUAUUUCUGAGACUGACACGGUGCAAUGUAUUCGGGAUAAGGUGUAUAGAUCUGAAGGGCUCCCGUACCCUUCUAACGACCAGGUGGUUUGGACUCCCUCGCGCGAGUAUGAUACUCUGCUGGGUACUACAAUGGGUAAGAUUGUUGCGGCUUUUAUUCUGUGUGCGUGGGGACAAGGCAGAAAGCGCAUUGCAAGGAUCGUUACUUUUCACGACGGUGAAUACCUUCAACGCUUGAACAUGCGAUUUGACGUUGAAGAUAUUUGA